CAAAUCUUAAUCGUCUUUCAGGAGCUCAACGCUGCCGUUUUCCAAUCUACCCGGACGCGCGAAUUACUUCUGUUUCUGUGGAAUAUCAUCCAACGGCGUCGUCUCAGUUUUCUACGUUUCAAUUAACAAUUUUCUCGCUCGCACGCCAGGCACCAGCCAGUUCUCUCUCUCUAGGCAGCUGCUGCUCCAUGGAUUCCGAGACUUCAAGACAGAUACCAGCGACCAUUCCAGCACCAAUCCCUAAAACCCUAGCGCGACCAAACCCAGCCAAAGACAGAGAUUUCCUUAACCACCUCGAAGCUUACCUCGGUAAGCGAGACGGCGUGGACAAGCUCCUUAAGGUCUCACGCUACGCCUCCAAGAUCAUUUUGGCCUCCUCAGCUCUUCCCGAAUCCCUAAUUUUAACUCAGCGGCUAAAGAGCUUUGACUCUAGCAUAGGACUCAGUCGCAAAGCUUUUCGACUCGGGAAAUUUGUUCAGGACCUCAACGCUCUUAGAAACUCUCAUUUCCAUUCUAAACAAGAAAUUCUCCUCUCCAUCAUUGCUUACGGAGGCGAAGGCUUCUAUUAUUUUAUUGAACAGUUUGUUUGGCUGGCUAAAGCAGGCUUGAUCGAUACCAAACACUUGAAAAAUUUGGGAAAAAUCAGUGCCUGGUUCGAGUUUAUUGGAUACAUGGGUAGUAUUUCUCUCAAAUUUAGAGAUUUGAAGAAAUUAAUUGAAGAUGAAGUCUGUUUGGAAUCAACUAUUGAGGUUGCAUUUCUGAGAGGAAAUGGGAAUCAAGUGGAGGAGGGGAAGAUGAGAAAGCUGAGAGAGAAGAAGUUGAUGAAGAAACUUUCAAUUGUGCAGGAUUUUGCUGAUGGGUUAAUGGCGUUAGCAGAUAUUCGAGACGGGAAGGGGCGGCUCUCGGCGCCGUUCUUGGUGUCAUUAGCAGGACUUGUAUCUGCCUUGAUUAGUACUCACAAGAACUGGGUCUCUUGCUGAGUUUGGCAUCGUUUCAAAAAGUACGAUUGUUGAGGAAUUAGGAUUCUUUUACAAAUAUAUAAAUUGUGAAUUUAAGGUUUAUUAUUGGCAGAAAAAUAUUGGAAAGCAAUUAUGUUAUUUUAUAGCCGCAAAACUGAGACAAAAGAAAGGGUGUGAAAACUCUUUUGCUGCUGGGGUAGGACACAAAAUACAGCCUCCUCUGAAGCCCAGGGACUCUCUUGUGUCUGAGCUUCGCUCUUUUUCAUAAUAAUAAAAUCGUACACUGACGGAGGAUCAAUAUGAAUUCAUGUUUAAUAUUUAUGUGACAUGUCUGAAUAGGGACGUAAUAGUUUUAGGAUUUUUUUCCCUCAAGAAAUCCAUAGUGCAAGGGAUAUUUGUAUAAGCCAUUAGCAAAUCUUUAUUGAAGAUAAAGUUAUGGCUCAUUGGAACUUGCUUGGAUCCUUGAUGCCUGUCCUAUAUCAUUGUUCUGUUCUGUCAUCCUUACAUUUAAUAGAUUUUGAGCUGAAUACCUUUUAUCUUAA